AUGGCGUCGCCCUUGGCAAGCCUGCCGCUGGUAAAGAAGGAUGGGUCCAAGGGCGACAUCACUGGCAAAGUGGUGGCGCUCUACUUCUCGGCUCACUGGUGCCCGCCAUGCAGAGGAUUCACGCCGGCCCUGAAGCAGUUCUACGAGACGCUCAAGGAGAAGGGCGAGAACGUGGAGAUCAUCUUCGUGUCCGCAGACAAAACUCCAGAGGAGGCCCAGGACUACUUCGCCGACCACCACGGAGAUUGGCUGGCGGUGGACUUUAAGGCCACCAAGGAGCGCGAGCAACUGUCCAGGCACUUCGAGGUCUCAGGCAUCCCGAGCCUCAUCCUCGUGGAUUCCCACGGGAAGGCCGUGGAAGCCGUGGACGGACGCUCGGAUGUGGCCAGCUGCAAGACGCCCGAGGCCGUCAUGCAGACCUUUGCCGGCUGGAAGAAGUCCGCGGGCGACUGGCGGGAGACGGCCGGCACAGCUCUGGGCGGCUCCGGCGCCCCCGCCGCCGCGGGCGACGCGGCGGCGCUGCGGGCGGCGCGCCUGGCGGCCCUGGAGAAGGCUGGAAGAUGA